CCUGAAAAUAAAAAUUGUGCUGCGUAAGUAUUCUUGAUUCGAUUUACUCGUAAGAAUGUAACCAUCCAUACGCCACGUAGUUCUUGAUGUUCCUUUAACUGCAUUUUUUUUUUUUUUUAGCUCAAGGAAUACCAAACUGUGGUCAGACCUCACAUUAUCUUUGAUAGAGACCCUUUUUGUGUUGCCAACUAUUGACAUUUCUCCCAUAAUCAAGUGACAAAUGAACUUUUAGAAAAAUGUGUGUAGUCUUUUUCACUGGCAUGGUAAACACUCCAAAUAUCUGCUAAAUUUGCUCCAUGAGUACAUUUAUUCAAUUCUUUUGAUUAAUUAAUAGGUUUUAUCUAUAUUGUUGAAAGCAUUUUUUUUUUUUUUUUUAAAUAACUAAAUAAGUCAGUAACACAAUUUAGGUCACCUGCAAUUAAAAGUUGACCCAUUUUGACCUUUCUAACUUCCAAAAUCCUAUCUAACUGGAUCUACGUUUGGUAUUUAAACAUUGACUAAGGUUUAUUAUUAUUAUUUAUAAAGCGCCAACAAGUUCCGCAUCACUGUACACGUAGGGCCCUGCUCAAUGAGCUUACAUGCUACAGAGAGUGGGGUAAAGUGACACAAAAGGUAAAGGUAUGGUAGAAAAGUAAAUAACUGAUUAUUAAUGACAAACACCUAUACUAUAUUCCGACCUUCCUCCUCUUUACUCUGAUAUUUAAUAUCUACUUAUCCAGCAUCCCUACCUGAUGAUAAAAAAAGAUGGGUGGCCAUUAUGAUAUAUUUCUAAAUUUAUUUUUCCACCAUUUUUGCUUUCCAAUGUAUCUCUUGAAUCAUUCAUAUAUCUACUGCUUCAUUUUUCAUAGUUUUUAACACCAUUUGUCUUUUUUAAAAUUUAGAAUGUAUUCCCUGUACAUUUACAGUAAAAAAUUUAACCACAAAGAAAUAUAAUAUAUAACCAAUUUAUUUAUACCCUGCUGGCAGCCACAUACAAUUACAAACAUAUUAACAUAAUGUUCUCAUAUUAUACUCAUAUGGAUAAGUUCUUGUGCCUCAAGACAGGCAUCCCACAACACCUACCCUUUAACCCCUUAAGGACACGUGACAUGUCAUGAUUCCCUUUUAUUCCAGAAGUUUGGUCCUUAAGGGGUUAAAUAAGUGUGACCUAACUCUCCUGACCAAGUCAAGGAAGAAGGACACGCUUCUAAGUUCUUACGAACCUACAGCCGGAUUAAGCAGCAAACUAGAGCACACCGGUAUAUAUCUUAUAUAAAAGUUUAAUGCAAGAAAAUUUUCAACCCUUCAAUACCAUUUUUAUGCAGAAUUCCAAAACGCUUUAACCAGUGACCACACACCUUUUCUUAAUACGCUUUAGCCAAUAUAUAAUCUAUUUUUAUAUCCUCACCUAUGUUUCUCUUACAUUAUUUGUGCUAUAAUUAUCAUUUAUCACUGUGAUCUUAUUUCUUUCCUCCUAAUCAAUAAGAAGAAAAAAAACCUGUGUUUCUCCUGUCUGUCUCUCCCCGUUCUGUGUGUGUGUGUGUUCUUGUCUGUCUCUCCCCAUUCUCCUUGUCUGUCUCUCCCCGUUCUGUGUGUGUGUUCUUGUCUGUCUCUCCCCAUUCUCCUUGUCUGUCUCUCCCCAUUCUCCUUGUCUGUCUCUCCCCAUUCUCCUUGUCUGUCUCUCUCCGUUCUCCUUGUCUGUCUCUCCCCGUUCUGUGUGUGUGUUCUUGUUUGUCUCUCUCCGUUCUCCUUGCCUGUCUCUCCCCGUUUUCCUUGUCUGUCUCUCCCCGUUCUCCUUGUCUGUCUCUCCCCGUUCUCCUUGUCUGUCUCUCCCCGUUCUCCUUGUCUGUCUCUCUCCGUUCUCCUUGUCUGUCUCUCUCCGUUCUCCUUGUCUGUCUCUCCCCGUUCUCCUUGCCUGCCUCUCCCCGUUCUCCUUGUCUGCCUCUCCCCGUUCUCCUUGUCUGUCUCUCUCCGUUCUCCUUGUCUGUCUCUCUCCGUUCUCCUUGUCUGUCUCUCUCCGUUCUCCUUGUCUGUCUCUCUCCGUUCUCCUUGUCUGUCUCUCUCCGUUCUCCUUGUCUGCCUCUCUCCGUUCUCCUUGCCUGCCUCUCCCCGUUCUCCUUGCCUGCCUCUCCCCGUUCUCCUUGCCUGCCUCUCCCCGUUCUCCUUGCCUGCCUCUCCCCGUUCUCCUUGCCUGCCUCUCCCCGUUCUGUCUCUCUCCCCGUUCUCCUGGUCUCUCUCUCUCUCUCUCCCCGUUCUCCUGGUCUCUCUCUCUCUCCCCGUUCUCCUGGUCUCUCUCUCUCUCUCUCCCCGUUCCCCUUGCCUGCCUCUCAUGUUUUUGUUCCGUGCAGCAUUGGGCUCUCCUGGUUCUCUCCCUGCUGAAUUCCCUGCUCUCUGCUGCCUGUUUCCUGGGUUUAAUCCUCUCCAUCUCCCUCACCAUUGCCAACGGAGGGAAGAACUUGAUAUCUGGCUGCAAUUCCACCAUUCUGCCUGCAGAAACACGCUCUGUCGUUAUGAGCAACGAGUGCCCUUUUGAUACAACUCGAAUAUAUGUGAGUACCAUAGGGAGAUAUUGGUGGGAGAUUGGAGCUAACAGUACACAGAAAAACUGCUUACAGUGAUCUGGCAAUAAAUUAUAUAAACUAGCCGAAUAGCAAAGAUUAAAUGUUUAAGUUUAAAAAAUUCAUUUUAUUUUAUUCAACAAAAAAUAGAUUAUGCUCAGAUUUUUGAAGAAAUUGAUUUAAUCUGAAAGUUGGGGAUUUUACAUGUAGAUCCUUUUCUUGUCCUCUGCUUCUACAUGGUAGAAGGAGAUAAUGGCAGAUAUUUUUUUUCACUGUAGGUACAAAUGGACAUUCUAUUCUGUGGAGUAUAAAGUAUGGAUUUAGUUAGUGAGGUAUCAGGGUUUGGAUGUCGGGUAUGGAGGUUUGGAUUGAAUUAGCAUAGUAUCUGGGUUUGGAGGCUAGGUAUGGAAGUUUUGAUUGAAUUAGCGAGGUAUCGGGGUUGUUGAGAUUGGGAAUGAGCAGAUGCUAUAUCUGUUAAACCCAGAGGGUGAUUUACACUGAUUUAACAUGAUUUAUUUUCUUUGCAGGACACUACACUAGCUUUGUGGUUUCCUUCCAUGUUCCUUUCAGCUGUGGAGACAGCACUAUCUGUGCGCUGCUGUGUGGUGGCAUUUAUCCUGCGUGGCAUUGGCCCAUGUGGAGAGACUUACCUUAGACAGAGGGUGUGUAUUAAUGCAGUUCAGCAUCUUUCCCAGAGUCAAAGCAACAUAUUAUCUUGGCUGCUCUGUUCAGUGUGAGAAAGAGUGAGUUUGACUAUUGCAUUUGGGGUGGGAGAGAGUGUGUUUGACUAUUGCAUUCGGUGUGGGAGAGAGUGUGUUUGACUAUUGCAUUCGGGGUGGGAGAGUGUGUGUUUGACUAUUGCAUUCGGGGUGGGAGAGUGUGUGUUUGACUAUUGCAUUCGGGGUGGGAGAGUGUGUGUUUGACUAUUGCAUUCGGGGUGGGAGAGAGUGUGUUUGACUAUUGCAUUAAGGGUGGAAGAGAGUGUGUUUGACUAUUGCAUUCGGGGUGGGGGAAAUGGAGGCUGCCGGUUGCGUUCUGGGUGGGAGAGAUGGAGGCUGCCGGUGGCACUGGGAAGAGGAGCUGUGGAUUGAGGGGUGGGGGUUGACGCAGGCUGUGUGUGGGGUUACAUGGGCUCCAACAUGAAGUGGUUUCCUUUGACAGUUGCAGGAGGAGGAAGCAGAGAAGGAGAAAAUGGAUGAAUCUCUAAGACCAGAAACUCACCAACUAAUUGAGGCCAAUGCAUAGAGGUAGGUGUCACAUAUAAAUGUAAGAACGUUGUGUUCUCCUACUCCAGUUAAAGGUCAAGCCGAUUGCUUGGGUUCUUGGAAUUGUGGACUGUUCUCCGAUGUAAAUCAAGCUUUGUUUGAUUAAUGCACUGUCCAGGGUAGCUGAGGCGUCACCUCAUGUGAACUAGGAGAGAACCAUGUUAUUGGAAAUUCUGCAUAUUCUGUAGUGCUGUACAAGGGCUAAAUGCAAUUAAGAAACUACCAGACUGUCCUCCCAUACGCCCAGAUUAUUUAGAACCAGUCAGAUUAUCUCACGUUUGAUCUAUUUAUGGCUUUGUUUCAUGUUUUACACAGGACACUGGAAAAGAAUGGUGUUUUUUGAGUUAUUUCCUCAGAUUUGUUUUAAGCUGCUCUGAAUUGAUUCAUUUCAAGUCCAACACUCCAAAGUCUCCAACACUCCACCAAGUUGUCCACGAGCAGGCUUCUAUUAGAGCCGGUGACUGAGCAGCCUGGGCCGUGACAGCAUGUAAUGUUCCACUGUCAUAUUAUAGCACUGGCUGGUUCAUCCUCCCGCAAUGAGACGUACUGGAUUUCUUAAUUAUAAUCUUGCUUUUAUGUUUUUAACUAAAUAUGAAAUUACUAAUAAAACCUAUUUUUACUGUGGUUGCGGAAUUUAUUUGUUGUCCAUGGCAGGAGAUGGGGGCAUA